UCUUUAUGUCUCCAGUCUUCAUGUCUCCAGUUUCUCCUCUGUGUCUCUCAGUCGUUGACGGCCAGGUCAGGUUAGUCGGACCGUCUCGGUGUUCUGGGAGGGUGGAGGUCUACCAUGACAGAGUCUGGGGGACGGUGUGUGAUGACGGCUGGGACCUCAGCGACGCCGAGGUGGUCUGCAGACAGCUGGGCUGCGGCCCCCCAAAGAGCGCCCCCGCGAUGGCCUACUUUGGUCAAGGAGUCGACCCGAUCUGGCUGGACGACGUGGUCUGUGCAGGAACCGAGAACAGCUUGGCUGAUUGUCUCCACGGAGGAUUUGGAAUCCAUAACUGUGGACAUGCGGAAGACGCCGGCGCCACCUGUGGAGGAAUCUUUCGGAAGGUGGUGAGACUGAAGGUUCUGCAGGAUUCCUCUCUGGACCUGAGCGACCCGACGGUGCUGGACGGGUUUCUGAACCAGGUAAACUUAUUAACGGAUCUCGGCUCCAGAACAUCAUGUCAGAGUUUAUUUCAUGUUUCCUCCAGAACUGAUGCAGAUUUUAUGAGAAAUGAUGAAAAUAACGUCUCAGAUCUUCCAGCUUUAACUCCUCAUGUUCCGUCUUCCGGUUCUUUUUGUCUCGGUUCUGUUUCAUGUUUCCUGAACACUGAUGGGUCCGUUGAUGAACAAACUAAACUUUAGUUGAUUUUAUU